AUGUGUUUAUAUUGUUUAUUUGUCACGUAUACAAGAUGCAAAGCGAAUUUAGGAAAGUUAUGCAACCACUCAGUUCAGGAAAAAAAUUUCAUUAGAACAAUCGCCGUAAAAUGCCUUGAAAAUGAAGUGCAAGGGACAGUCUGGGCAUAUGGGAAUACCACUGCUGAACUGGACGUCCAACUAGGAAAGAUGACCAACGAUACUGGGGCGCUGUGGAAUGAUAUUGAGAUCACCAUUAAAUAUGCAGAUAUCACGGGAAACUAUUCCAACGAAAACGUGGUAUCGCGCAUCAAUGAAAUCAAUGACGAAGCAAAUUGUCUGGUGUUCUUUUCGGCAGCGAAAAAUGCGAACGUCUUCGGUGAACCUUUUAAAAACCCAAAUUUCAAGAAAAUCGUAGUUGCUAGCUUGCAAGGCGCUGAUCUCAGUAAACUCGGCGGUCACGAAACUAUUAUUGUCACUGAUUAUGGUGAUAGCAAUGUCUGGAAUAUAGUCAAUAAAAUUAUUGGCUUUACAACGACUACAUCGAAGACUACUAUGGAGUCAGGUAAUCAACAAAAUGAUAUUUGA